AGUACUUCUGAUCACUAACUCAUGGUUUCUUUAUUUUUUGGGACAGCUGGUGUAUAUUGACCUGUGUCAUGAUUGUUGCAGGUAAAACUUCAAAUAAUGGAAAGCUGGAGCCUGAUCAUUCUGGUAAUAACGCCAGGUGUCUGGAGCGGAGACUGGAGUGUGACGUCUGAAAAUCAGUGUGCUUUGAAAGGAACAUCAGUAUUGAUCAACUGCAAAUAUGACUACCCUGUAGGUCACUUUGUUACUUCUGUCAGCUGGUUUAAAAACUUGUAUGCAUCUGGCAGAUGGGGACUUUUUCGUCUUGAUAAACUUACUUCAAGUCUGGACCACUUUAAAUAUUUGGGAAACUUCCGCGGCGACUGCAGUCUGAAGGUCAAUGAUGUACAACACACUGAUGAAGGAGCUUACUAUUUUCGUUUUACCACAACAUUCAACAGAUGGAUGAGCAUAAAACCGAUGUACUUGUCUGUGGGAGAGCUGACCACAGUCAUCGAGCCGAGCACUGUGACAGAGGGAGGUCGUGUCGCGCUGACCUGUAUGUCAGGCUGUCCUGAGCCUAAAAACAUUGUCUGGUUCAGAGAUGGGCAACCUGUGUCAAAUCCAGUCUUCCAGGCCAGGAGAGAGGAUGCUGGGGACUACUAUUGUGCAGUCCAUGGACAGGAAUCAGUCAGAUCCGCACCUGUGGCUCUGAAUGUUCAAUACGCUCCCAGAGAAGUGACACUAUCAGUGAGUCCAUGGGGAGACAUCCGCAGUGGAGGGACAGCGACUUUGACCUGCAGCAGCGAUGCCAACCCUCCUGUGGCACACAGCGGAUACAGCCUGUAUAAGGAUGGACAGCUUCUCAGUUCAGGGCAGAAUUACAUCAUCUCUGACAUCCUCCCCAGCAACAGAGGAUGGUACUACUGCCAGGCAUGGAAUAACAUCAGCUGGAGGGGCAUCGACUUGAUCAACUCGACAGAGGUUCACCUUGACGUUAGAUACCCUCCAACGAACAUUUCCAUUUCAGUGGAUCCACAGCUGUUUGAUGAGGGCAGCAGUGUCAAUCUGACCUGCAGCAGUGUGGCUAACCCCUCAGCAGACAGCUACAUAUGGUACAAAAUGGUUGACUCUGACGCCACCAGCUCCAUGCUGCAGGUGGGCUCAGGACAGCUGCUCUCCCUUCCCUCUGUGGAAGAGUCCCACAGUGGAGUGUACCUCUGCAAGGUCAGGAACAGUCUCGGGGAGAGCAACUCAACUCAGGUGCUGCUGUCCAUGCAGAGAAAGCAGGAUGAAGGGCAGUCCCUCCCAGUCUUGGCUGGAAUUGGAGUUUCUCUUCUUGUGACACUAGUGGUGGCGCUUCUUCUGUUCCGGAAGAAACAGAAGACUAGCGCAGACAAGAAAAGAGUGUUUGACUCCAGGCUCAUCAGAACAAGAUCAAGAUCUUCAGCCGCCGAAGAUCCACCUGACACCACUUAUGCUAACAUCCACCCGCUUCCAUCCUCGACUCCCUCUGUCCCUCCUCAGGCCAUUUCUACGGCUUCACAGAGGAGCUCACACCGGGAUGAUACCGCUUCUUAUGAAGAUGAGGUUACCUAUUCCACAGUGACCAUCAGGCCCAAAGACCCCAGUUUUCCACAUCACCUGAACUCCAACAGACGGCCACAGCACUCCUGGUCCGAAGCAAGAGAAAACAACGACUCUGUGAUCUACGCCUCUGUGUUUAAAUCCAGCUGAGUCUCUGCAUUUUGUCAUGUGCCCUCUUCCUCUCAAGAAAAUAAGCAAGUUUAAAGCUCAGUGUACCGUCAUCUUAAGGCAAACCUGUUUUCAGGAGUGUUAAAACGUUUGAAAACUAAAUGUUUUUUAUUGAAAUAAUUUUAAUUAUUUAUAGCAAUCAUGUUGUUGCACUGUUUAUGUUGUAAAAACACAACUGAUCAAAUUAAUAGCAUGUGAAAUUUAAAAAAAAUGUUUUAAAGGAUGGCAGGGAGAAAAAAUGACAUUUCUGUCAUUCCAUCAGCUAAGAGGUAAUGAGACUGGUUCAGCUUGUGAAUUAAUUUGUUAAUGGGAUUGAUGAAUGAACAAUGAAUAUUGUUACAAGAUGCCUGCGGCCAAUUAAAGCUUUAUUUCAAUACAACACUCAAUGCAACAAUUACAUUUUACAAUAUUUAUAGUAUGCACAUCAUAAAUCCUGUAAGUGUAAAACAAUUUUAUUCCACAUGGUGGUCCUAAAUAGUAACUAUUAGACUGAACAGACUUGAUUGAACUGCAGUACUUCCUGCUUGGUAAAAUCUGUUUACAAGUCAAUCUUACCACUGACGCCUACAUCAUAAAAAGAUGUUGAUGUUCUUGAUGUAGAAUACCGAAUCAUUUAUUUGGGUCAUGUAUAAAUUCAAUUUUCAGCAGCCACUCUAAUAAGUAAGAACAAAACCAAGAUAUACAGUAAUGUGUGUGCGUAUAUGUGUGUAGGAGGAAUAAAACCAGUUAAUGUGAUGGGACACCUUUAGCAUUUGAAAGUUGAAAGUCACAAGUAGAAGUAUAAAAGUCUGCAAAGUACAUAUUUAAUAAGAACAUGAUUAUAGUCGGUAUUGCACUGUUGGCUCUUCAGAUCAGCAAGUCUUUUAGACAUGUGUAAAAUGUCACAAAUAAACAUCUACAUAAACAAGACACUGACUAAUAUUUACAAGGCAACAACAAAAAACUGAUUGAUUUUAACUGUAAUCUGUAUGAUUUAUUAUUAUUUU